AAGUUGGUAAGAGGGAGAAAGAGAAUAUACAACAUUUUCCUUGUUUUGGGGUCAGAGUGAGCAGCGAGUGGGAUCCCAAGACAUCAAAACAGUGACAUCCAGAACUGACCCCAGAGCUACCUUCAUCAGAAGAGGAUUUACCAGGAUGCUGCCUGCCCCCAAGUGGCUAUCUCAUCUUCUGGGCCUGGCAGUCCUGGAGCCUGGGGUUUCUUCCAUCCUGUUGCUGGCCUUACUGGCCCUUGGCACCUGGAUCCUAGUCAAGGGCCUAGCCUGGGUCCAACGAUACUAUGUCAACUGCCAGAGGCUUCGGUGUUUCCCUCAGCCCCCUCUUAAGAACUGGCUCUUUGGUCAUCUGGGGUUGGCCCAGACUACUGAAGAGGGUAUUCGCAAUCUUCAGGAGCUGAGCUGUCGGUUCAGUGAUGUCCACAUCUUGUGGAUGGGGCCGUUCACUCCCGUGAUAAGACUCUUCCAUCCCCAGGUCAUCUCCCCCUUGCUUAAGGCCUCAGCCAUUAUUGCACCCAAGGACAAAUUGUUCUAUGGCUUCCUAGAACCCUGGCUGGGGGAUGGGCUUUUGCUGAGUAAAGGAGACAAAUGGAGCCGGCACCGGCGCAUGCUGACCCCAGCUUUUCACUUUGACAUCCUUAAACCUUAUGUGAAGAUCUUCAACCAGAGUGCAGACAUCAUGCAUGCAAAAUGGAGGCACCUAUGUGCUGAGGGUGGCAAUUAUCUGGACAUGUUUGAACACAUCAGCCUCAUGACCCUGGAUAGCCUGCAGAAAUGCAUCUUCAGCCACAACAGCAACUGCCAGGAGAAACCAAGUGCCUACAUUUCAGCUAUCCUGGAGUUGAGUUCCCUUGUGGUAAAGCGUCACAUGCAGCCACUUCUAUACUGGGAUGCCCUGUACUAUCUCACCAGCCAGGGAAGGCAUUUCUCCCGUGCCUGCCGUCUGGUGCACGAUUUCUCAAAUGCUGUGGUACGGGACCGACGGCGUAUCCUCGCCCAACAGGGGUCUGAGGCCUUCCUCAGGGACAAGGCCAAAAGUAAGACCGUUGACUUCAUAGAUGUUCUCCUACUGGCUAAAGAUGAAGAUGGAAAGGCUCUGUCAGACAAGGACAUCCAGGCAGAAGCUGACACUUUCAUGUUUGGAGGCCAUGAUACAACUGCAAGUGGCAUCUCCUGGGUCCUCUACAACCUGGCCCAGCAUCAGGAGCACCAGGACCACUGUCGCCAGGAGAUACAAGAGCUCCUGAGAGGUCGGCAACCCGAGGAGAUUGAAUGGGAUGAUCUGGCCCAGAUGCCCUUCCUGACCAUGUGCAUCAAGGAGAGCCUCCGGUUGCACCCCCCAGUUGGCAUGGUCUCCCGCUGCUGCACCAAGGACAUCCAGCUGCCUGAUGGGCGAAUCAUUCCUAAAGGAAACAUUUGCCUGGUCAGCAUCUUUGGAACUCACUAUAACCCUGCUGUGUGGCCCAACCCUGAGGUUUUUGACCCAUAUCGCUUUGACAUCAGCAAGUCCCAAAAGAUUUCACCCCUGGCCUUUAUACCCUUCUCAGCUGGACCCAGGAACUGCAUUGGCCAGAACUUCGCCAUGUCUGAGAUGAAGGUUGUGUUAGCCCUCACCUUACUGAGGUUCCGAGUCCUCCCUGAUAAAGACCCAGUGCGAAGAAAGCCAGAAAUUAUUCUCAGAGCAGAAAGCGGUCUGUGCCUGAAGGUGGAGCCACUUUUGGGUCCUUCCAGCCCUGAGGCACACCUCUCAGAAGCCCCUCAGGAAUGAUGGCUGGAUGUAUCCUUCUGCUUUGGAACAUGAAUGCCUGCUUUCUACCUGCCCAUCCACCCACCCUUACCUUGAUUGUAAUUCUUCUAAAUAAAAACAUUUCAACAUGGAA